AUUACAACAGAUAAUGAACAUCACCGAUCAAAGUCUGGACGAGGCACAAGCAAGGAAACACACACUGAAUUGCCACAGAAUGAAACCUGCCCUGUUCUCGGUGCUCUGCGAGAUCAAAGAGAAAACAGUACUAUCGUUGAGAAAUACGCAAGAAGAGGAACCACCAGAUCCGCAAUUAAUGAGGCUGGACAAUAUGUUGAUUGCUGAGGGUGUGGCAGGUCCAGAAAAAGGUGGUGGUGCGGGGGCUGCGGCAUCGGCAUCGGCAGCUGCUGCUGCUGGACCACCUGGACAACCUGACAACGCGAUUGAACAUUCGGAUUACCGAGCAAAACUCGCUCAGAUCAGGCAGAUCUAUCAUCAAGAACUUGAGAAAUACGAACAGGCAUGCAACGAAUUCACGACUCACGUUAUGAAUUUACUGAGGGAACAGAGUCGUACCAGGCCUAUAACGCCGAAGGAAAUUGAAAGAAUGGUUCAAAUUAUUCACAAGAAAUUUUCGAGUAUUCAGAUGCAAUUAAAACAAUCGACCUGCGAGGCAGUUAUGAUUUUGAGGAGUCGUUUUCUUGACGCAAGGCGUAAAAGACGGAACUUCAGUAAGCAGGCGUCUGAAAUCUUAAACGAGUACUUUUAUUCGCACCUGAGUAAUCCGUACCCAAGCGAAGAGGCCAAAGAGGAACUCGCACGGAAAUGUGGAAUCACCGUGAGUCAGGUUUCGAACUGGUUCGGCAACAAGAGGAUACGCUACAAGAAAAACAUAGGUAAAGCGCAGGAGGAGGCGAACUUGUACGCAGCCAAAAAGGCAGCUGGAGCGUCGCCGUACAGUAUGGGUGGUGCCAGCCAGGGUACACCAACGCCAAUGAUGUCACCGGCACCACCAGGCGGGCCCCAAGAUAUGGCGGGAUACGGAAUGGGAAUAAAUGGUAGUGACUAUGGUUCGCAGCCUUAUAACGACGGUUCCAUGGGUUAUGAUCCUAUGCACCAGGGCAAGGCAUUGGCUGGGGGGCCAGGCGCGACGGGAUGGAUGCAGCAACGCGAGGCUGUUCCCGAAUUUCCGCCGCUCCACGAUUCAGCGGACUCUGAUUCCGACCGAGAAAAUGAAAAGCGACCGCGCGUCUAAAACGAUCGAUCGUUUUCUUCUCGACAUCUUACGUAUACGUACAGUACAUACAUAGGUAUACAAUAUAUACCGGUGAUGAGUAAGAGAGAGAGAAAGAGAGAGAGAGAGAAAGAGAGAGAGAGAGAAAGAGAGUGAGAGAGAUAAAGAGCGAGAAAGAGAGCGAGAGCGAGAGCGAGAGCGAGAGCGAGAGAGAGAGAGAGAGAGAGAGAGAGAGAGCGUGAUGGAAUGAAAGAAAUAUUUUGUGUGUUCGUAUGUGUGUUUGUUUGUUUGUAAUUGUACGUGAGUAUGAAUUAGAAUGAAAGGAAGUGGAUAGGGCUCGUGAAGAAUAUAUAUAUAUACAAAAAACAAAAAAAAAAACAAAAAAUGCAAAAAAAAAAAAGAAAGAAAAGAAAAGAAAUAAAUAAAAUAUAUAACGAGAAUAAGCGAAUCAGUAAAAUUGGUUAAGAGAGAAAAAAAGGAAAAAGUAUUGAAAAAUUAUGUGAAAUGAAAAAACGAAUAGAUAUAUAUUAACAUGCGCACAUACUCCUUCCUCCUUAUAAACACACACACACACACACACACACACACAUAAUUACGUACAGUUACUAUUAUGUGUUAUACAAAAUCCGUGAAAAGAAAAAAAAGGAAAGAAAAACGCGUGCAUCUCCAAGCUACAAUAAAAAGGAUUAGAGAAAGAGAGAGAGAGAAUGAAUGAAUGAAUGAAUGAAUGAAUAAAUGAAUGAAUGAAUGAAUGAAUGAAUGAAUGAGUUUGCUGUUGAUUGUUUUACAUUGUUCCUAACGACACUCGAUAUUUUCUAAUGAUCUUAAUUUAGGACCUUCGUUCUUGUUCAUCCCUCUCCUCUUUAUUUUUUUUACCUUUUUUUUCUUCCCCUCUUUAAAGGAUAUUUUCAACCAAUAUUCACAAUUUCAAGUUCUUUUAAAUUUCGAAUAAUGGAUUUAAUAAUAUAAGAUAUGUCGAGAUCGAUCGAUCGAGCGGAAAAUGCGUUUUCACGUAGUAUAUAUACUAUCACUCACGAAAUUUCGUUCGAUUUCCUAAAACAUGCUUUUUUUCCGCUUCGUCGAGCUCUCUCACUCUGUCGCCGUAGUUAUUCUCUUCGUCCUGACGAUUAACGAGCGAGAUGUUGUUUAUAAUUAGAAAAUAUUGACGAUAACGAAGAGAUAAUGUGAGAAAUGGAAACGCCAAUUAUUUGGCUUCCUUUCUUUCGAAAGACAAUAUGGCAAUGUACAAACGCCCAGUUAAAAUGGAUAGAAAGAAAGAGAGAAAUAGAAUGAAUGAACGAACGAACGCACGAAUGAAUGAAUGAAUGAAUGAAUGAAUGAAUGAAUGAAUGAAUGAAUGAAUGAAUGAAUAAGAGAGAUAGAGAAACGAGAUUAAGAAAAAGAUAAAGAGAACGAAGGAAACGGUUAUGAAAAUAAAGAUGAAAAGGAAAAGCAAACAAUAAGAUAAGAUAUAAAAAAAAACUCUGAGGACGAAGAUGAUCGAUUAUUUUACACUUUUUACACAUUUUCACUAUAUUUAUAUAAAUACAUACAUACAUAAAUACACAUGUAUACGUACAUGAAUAAGUAUCGCUAUGCCGUAUACGAAGAACUUUUCGUAGAAAAGAAGAGAGAGAGAGAGAGAGAGAGAGAGAGAGAGAGAGAGAGAGAGAGAGAGAGAAUUUAUGUUUGAAUGGAAAGGCCUAAUGUUUUACAACUUUCUUCUUUUUUUUUUUUUUUC